AUGGUCGGAGGUGGAAUCAGGAGGGACGAUGGGUCCUUGGGUAUGAACAACACCAAUGUAUUCGCCGCUCUCGACAGCCUCAGGAAAAAGAAGAAGUCUGAUUCAUCGAAAACCAAGACACCGACCAAGAGCCAGUCCAAGGAACCAGAACCGCAGGUCUUCUGGGCUCCAUCGCCGCUGACUGUGAAAUCGUGGGCAGAUGUUGACGACGACGAUGACGACUACUUUGCAACCACAGCACCCCCCCAGCACGUUUGGGGAUCAUCUGAGGAACAGAAGGACGACACCUCUGCUGCUGUGGAGGUCUGUCUGUCUACGCGUGCUUUAUGGCUAAUACUCCUGUUGCUAUAUAGGUUUUUCUUUUCUUUUCUUUUGAAAAUUGUGUCAUUCCUAGAUUUGAAUUCUUUUCGUUUACCAUGAUUUGAAUGUAUUCUUCAGGAAUGAUUUUAAUUUAUAUCUGAGCUUUAUCAUCGCACGCGUCUGGUAUAAAUGAUUUUAUUGUAAUCAUCAUCGCAUGACGCGCGCUCUUCUGCCAUGAAAAACCACCGAAUCAAAGCUUUCUGUCUACUGUAUCAACCGAUAAUCAUCGCAUGACGCCCAUUCCUCUAUAUGCAUUUGUUUUGUAUUUUUCUCUUGAUUGUUAUGGUCGUCAGACUCAUCCUUAAGUCCCAAUUCCUACCCUUAACGAAGAGGGAAGAAACGUAGCUGCACACUCAAUUGCACAGCAUGCAGGGAGAAGAUAUGAUAUUGAAAUUGACUCUCCUGGGGCACUGCCUUAUGAACUAACCGUUUUUGAAUCAUUCAUCCCAUAGCCUCAAUUGUUAGGAAUCAUAAGGUUUUGACAAAUCUGCUGGGAAACAUGUUGUAAUCCAGCUUCAGUAGAUAUCCUUGAUUAUUUAUCAUGUAGAAUUAUUAAUUUUAAAGUAAUUAUUAUAUCUUCCUCAUCACUUUGAGCAGCUCAUUUCCUGUUCUCAUCAAUUUAUCGUCCAUUUUUAUAAAUUUAUUUUUUUUAGUUUUCGUCCAGCCAGUAAAAUUAUACCUAGGAAUGAGUUAAUUCUUUGUUUUAGCUUGCAUCUUGCUCAUUGCCUUACGUCUCUCACAUUCCCUUUGUCAUCAAUUUAUUUUUCAGGUUUUUUUAUUCUUUCUGUCAUUAAUUGCAUUCAGCCAGUUAAAGAAUUCUGAAGAAUGAGUUUUUUUAAAUGAGUUCAUCUUCCUCCUCGUCAAUUCACUGCUCAUAUUUUAUUAGUGUCCAUUCUGUAAGCUAAAUUAUGUUGAGGAACAAGUCAAUGGUUUAGGUAAGGGUAGCAGACACCGGUAUGAUCUAAUUCUAUUCCAGUUGAUGGGGUCCUAUGAGGGCCUCUUGGGGCCUCUCAAGCUGCUCCUGCAAUGCUACUUGGUGUGACUCAAUUUGCUUCUCAUUAAUCAGAUUGUCUGAUACUAUGGUCCGAAAAAUUAGAUCGUUAAUCCCUGCUGUAAAUUCCAUCUCUCGAUCUUGCUUUGCUCUGCCAUGGAUGAAAGUUCUUGAUUGGGGGGUCUAUCGAUGCUGUGGAAACGAUGUGCAGGAAACUGAAAGCGAGGAAGACGGUCUGGAUGAGGAAGAGGACGACGCAGAGGAAGAUGAGGAACAGGAGCACGAGGAGGAACAGAAGCCCAAUGAACCACUCAGGAGGCCGCCACCUCCAUUGGCCCCCAAGGACACGGAGAGGCAGCUCUCGAAGAAGGAGCUGAAGAAGAAGGAGCUGGCGGAGCUGGACGCCGUCCUGGCGGAGCUCGGGAUAGCCCCCAAGGACAACGGAGAAACUGCCGGAGCCGGUGAGCUUCCUUCCCCCCGUUGGUGUCCGGUUCGAAAAGGGAUGAUGUUGAUGGUUUCGGAAUGUUGAAGGUGCUGCGGAGGAGAAGAAGCCUGAGGAGAACGGCCAUGGGGAGGAGCAUCCGUCGGGUCCUGCGGAGGGCAAGGCGGCGAGGAAGAAGAAGAAGAAGGAGAAGCCUUCUUCGGAGGUUAAUAAGGAUGUCACGGAGGGGGUGGAAUCAGUCAAGGAGGAGACUGGCGGCGCCGCCGUCGACGUGAAGGAGAAGCUGAAGAAGAUGACGUCGAUGAAGAAGAAGAAGUCGGGGAAGGAGAUGGACGGCGCCGCCAAGGCGGCGGCCCUUGAGGCGGCGGCGAGGAGCGCGAAGCUGGCAGCCGCGAAGAAGAAGGAGAAGAACCAUUACAACCAGCAGCCCGUGCGGUAG